GUUUCAGAAUAUACAAUACGUUUUUUUUUGCCACUCGUACAUGCUUUGAAGACAUCUCAAAAUGUAAAUAUACAGUUACUGAAACAAACCUUUCGACAUAUUCUCUUUAGUGCCUGUUCACACUCGCUUGCACAGUAUUCUAAAUGGAGCAAGACCCCAAGCGUGCUUGCUUCAAACUGUUUGUUGCCCCCCACCAGGCGCUGUCAACAGGUAAAUGUGUUUCCGUGUAUCCACAAAAGCAUUUGAUCAUUUCUUUCACACGAAGCCAGCGUUUUGGGAUCUUGAAAAUGAUCCAUUUUGAAGCCGGGUCACGGAGUGGCUCCAUCAAAUAAUGCGGCCCUCACAUUUCCGUUUCUGUACAGUACAUACGCAUAACGUGGCUGCCCCAGCUAUCGCGAGACUGUGUGCUGACGGCACCCAAAAAAAAAAAAAUGCAACAAUGGUGGCUCACACUUUCUGUAAAGCUCAGUGUUGCCAUGCAUGCUGUGGCACAUGGCAGACAACUCUAAAUUGUGGGGGAACAUUAAUUUAAAAAAUGAAAAAACAGGCCCAAAUUUCACAUGAGGUUAGGACAUUCUGACAAGAUUAUCAUGAAUUUUACAUUUACUGUCAACAAUCGGUGACAGUUUUCCAGCGUAAAAUCUGUGCCUUGGCUCUAGAAAGGUUCGAAAACACUUCUGCAGGAUCUCUAAACGUGGCGAGUAAACAGAUGUUUUAUUUUUAAAUCAGCGUAUGUGUGUGUGGGUGUGGAUUUUCAAAUGGUGGUACACCCCCCCCCAACCCCCUCGGAUCCACCGUACUGUAAAAUGUUUAAACAUGGCAGCCGUCCUGAAGCCCUGCCCACAAGCUGACCUAUGAGAACGCGGCAGCCUUUUGGGGGGGUCGCGCGAGAAACGGCAGGCCACUUCCGAGCGCGCUCACUAGCCAUGCGGCUGACGGCAACGCGCGCCCCCCGUCCGAAACAGAGUGACGUCGGGACACGGUGAAGAAUAUGAGCAAGGGGAACGGUGCCGGUCGGAGCGCUUCUCUUAACUUCACCAUCGACCACAUUCUCAACUUGAGGGUGGGGAAGGAAGACUCCCGGCAGAACAGGCAUGAAAGGGAUGUGUUUGACCAGGUGUGGGACACUCCGAGACGGUGCGAGGGUGGAUCCCAAGAAACAGCCCUCAGUAACACGUCAACACCACGGCCCGCCGCAGCCAGCGCCAGCACCGGCCCCAACUGCGGCAAGAAGAAGACCCGCACCAUCUUCUCCAAGAGGCAGAUCUUCCAGCUGGAGGCAACGUUCGACAUGAAGCGUUAUCUAAGCAGCUCCGAGCGAGCGGGCCUGGCCAGUGCGUUGCAGCUCACAGAGACCCAGGUGAAGAUCUGGUUCCAGAACCGACGCAACAAGCUCAAGAGGCAGCUGUUGGCGGACAACGACGGGCCGGGCAGCGCGCCCGUGCACAGCGUUUACAAAGAGAACGACCAUCUACUUGGCACAUGUCUGCUUCCAACAGCCUUCCCGGUCUUCUAUCCCAACACCGUCUACUUCUCCAAAUGUUUUGGACUUUUUGAUGCGGAUAGAUGAGUAAAACCACGCCCCAGUGAGCCAAUUUCCACCUGGACUACGCAAAAUUGCAAAACAAUUGAGUUUUUGUCAAUGCAUGCAGGUGGAGGAUGUUCCGUAGAACACCAAAGUCUUAAUUAAGAUCGCAGCGCCACACAGUCAAGAGGCAGACUGACUUUGAAAUUUUGUGGGCAUGUAGUGUAGCGGCAGAAAAAAAGUUUCAAGGUGCCUGCCUUUUUUGAUGUUUCAAAGUGCUGGACUCAUACAGGGAAAAUAAUAGUGGAGAGUGCUAUGUUUCCUUUAAAAAAAAAUAAAUCAAAGAAACAAAAUUCUGGGUUUAUUUGGGGCUGAGGCUAUGGGCAUUUGAAUUAAUUUCAAUCAGGGAAAGAUCAUUUGAGGUACAAGUUUUUUUUUUUAAGUUACAAGCCUGGUCAUGGAACGAAUCGUAUUUCAAGGCACUGCUGUGAUUGCAAUUUUUACAUUCCAAUGUUGUUUUAAAAUGGCCUUUUAUAGUUCGAAAUAAAAGGUUUCACCCUGGAUGUUUGGACUUGUCUAAUUUUACAUAUCUGAACAAAUCGGCCAAUGUGAAAGACGAACGUGAUUGCAUCAUAUUGUUUGUUAGUGCGUUGCAUCGCGAAAGGUGAUUGCGCUUGAAGACAACCGGAGGUUGACGUAGGAGGGGGUUUGAGCUGCUCGCCAGACUUCCUGACGCUUGUGCUGUCGGACACUUUGACACAAUUUGUGUCUCAGGUCCGCCCCCCGGUCAUCCCCCCCACCCAGCUUCAUCUGUCAGAGCUGAAGACAAAUCCAUUAAAAAUGAUCAAAAAGGGACCCCAAAUUCAGGACGCCAGAUGCACAUCUAUGCUUCUAUCAGGCUACAAAGCUUGUGUGGUUCUCAUUCAGGGUUGAUAUUCAACCCACCCACCCUUCCGGCCAAGCAGUGCUGUUCGCGUUUUAGUUUCUGUUUGAGCGUCACAUGGUUUCAAUUCAGCAUUACAAGUAAGUGACAACGCAGCCCUCAUUGCUCAUGGCUGACAAGACUUUAUGUCAUUGAGAUGUUGGAAAGUAUCUGCGUGACUUCCUUCUCAUGUUCCAAUGUUACGUUCAUAAUUUCAGGUU